AUGAACGAAGAAUAUCUGAUGAAAGAACAGGAUAAAAGUUCCAGCGAUCAGGGGGAUGAAAAUUCGUCUGUGGCGAUCAAUCGACAACAAAUGCGGGAAGAUUUGAGGAACUCAUUCGAACGUUUCAACAGAGCUCUUGAACAACGAAACGUUAACAUUUCAGAUAAAGAAGCGGAUUGCUCUGUUCGUCCAGACGACUACUACAAUCCACUGCCAGUAGUCAGCCCUCAGGUGGCCAAAGAAGUCAGAGAAUAUCUUGAAAAAGGUUACCUUCCGCGUGAACACGAUGAAAACGAAGACUCGGACGAAUCCGAAGAAAUGGAAGAAGAAGAAGAAGAAGAAGAAGAAUUUCUUCGAGAUAACGAAAAUACUGAAGAAGAUGACGACUCUAGCGAAGCCAGCUGCUCUGAACCAGCCCGGGAAAAAAUGCCACCCCCAACUACCCCUUAA